AUGCGCCAUGUACCGCAUCCUGUGGCCGUCAUCACAGCAACCGACUUGAGUCUAAGUCCGGAAGGAGGCCCUAAAGCAUGGCGAGGGGCCACUGUGUCAUCCUUCAACACCGUCACCUUGCUUCCUCGGCCGGUGAUAUCGUUCAACAUCAAGAAGCUCUCUUCGACCUUCGACGCCAUCCGAAGCUCCGGCCACUUCUACGUCCAUCUCCUCUCCGAAGAUGCGGCCGAGGCACACCAAAUAGCCUCCAAAUUCACAAAGGGCAAUGCCAGCUACCCGUUCCAUGAUGACAACGGCGAACUGGAAAGCUUCGCGCUCGUCAGCCAUGUUGAGCCAAAUCUGAAGAAGAUGCCGCCCAUCCUUCAUUUCGAGAACGAAGCCGGCGACCUCGUGGUCCCGUUUCGACUGCAUUGUCGAUUCUUGGAGGACAAAUUGGUUGAGAUAGGAGAUCACGUCGUCUUGUUCGGCGAGGUGGAUCAUGUCUUUCACGAUGUCGGGGCAUUUUACGAUCAAUCUCCUGAAACGCCAAUCUCUUGUUUGGCAUAUGUCGAUGGUUCGUAUUGUCGGGUUGCUGCCAAAUCCAAGAGAAGUCAAGGUUGA